AUGAAUUUGGACGUGGCCAAAGCUGAAGCGAAGACUGGAAACAAAGCUCCUCUUAGAGCCACCGGUCCAGGAUCCCCACGCAAGGGCCCGCCCAAGUUCAAGCAGAGGAACAACCGACAGUUCAAGAGCAAGCCUCCGAAGAGGGGCGUCAUCGGCUUUGGAGAGGACAUCCCAGGAAUGGAAGGUCUUGGCACCGACAUCACUGUGAUCUGCCCGUGGGAAGCCUACAGCCAUCUAGAGCUACAUGAACUGGCUCAGUAUGGGAUCAUCUGA